AUGUCCGACUACACUCUCUACGCCUACUUUCGCUCCUCAUGCUCCGCCCGCCUGCGCAUCAUCCUCAACCUCAAAAACAUAUCCUACGACCUUAUCCCCGUGAAUCUCCUCAAAGACGAACAGCUGUCUGCCGAGCACAAGGCUCUCAAUCCAUCUGCCUCGGUGCCCCUCCUCGUCUCCAAGCGCUCUCCCGACGCAGGUUUUAAAAUUGGCCAGUCCGUAGCUGCCCUCGAAUAUCUCGAGGAAGUACACCCCGCGGUGCCGGCCUUGCCGCCAACGAGCGAUGCCAAAGGACGUGCCACUGCCCGGGUUCUAUGUGAAAUCAUCGCCGCGGACACGCAGCCCGUGACCAACCUGAGAAUCAUGCGAAGAGUGAGAGCGCUCGGCGGGAGCGCAGAGGAGUGGAAUAAGGAAUUGAUGGGCGAUGGUCUGAGGGCGUACGAGGCCGUGGCCAAGGACUCGGCCGGCAAGUACUCCGUGGGUGAUAAUGUCACCAUGGCGGAUGCCUGUCUGAUGCCUGCUGUUUGGAAUGCGCAGCGCUUCGGGGUGGAUUUGUCGCAGUUUCCAACCGUCUCUAGAAUAUUUGCCAAUUUGAGUGAGCAUCCAGCCGUGCAAAAGGCCGAUUACUUCAAACAGCCUGAUUGCCCGGAGGACUUGCGCAGGAAGUAG